CCACCACACUCACUACAAACGUAAUUUUUCAGUGAUCAGAGUACCAGAGAGAAACAACAAUGGAGGGAAAGGAAGAGGAUGUUCAUUUGGGAGCUAACAAGUACCGGGAAAGACAACCCAUUGGGACGGCGGCGCAGGUACCAGAUAAGGAUUACCAAGAACCACCACCGGCUCCGUUCUUUGAGCCGUCGGAGCUUACUUCCUGGUCGUUUUACAGAGCCGGGAUUGCCGAGUUUAUCGCUACUUUUCUGUUUUUAUACGUCACCGUUUUGACGGUCAUGGGAGUUGUUAAGUCGCCGACCAAGUGCUCCACCGUUGGUAUCCAAGGCAUCGCAUGGGCCUUCGGCGGCAUGAUCUUCGCACUCGUCUAUUGCACAGCCGGAAUCUCAGGCGGGCAUAUUAAUCCGGCGGUGACAUUUGGGUUGUUUCUGGCGAGAAAACUGUCGUUGACCAGGGCGUUGUACUACAUGGUGAUGCAGUGUCUUGGCGCCAUCUGCGGCGCCGGUGUCGUUAAGGGGUUCGAAGGAAGCAAACAGUAUAAGCUACUCGGCGGUGGCGCAAACACGAUCGCACACGGUUACACCAAGGGCGACGGCCUCGGUGCUGAAAUCAUCGGCACAUUUGUCCUCGUUUACACUGUAUUCUCCGCCACCGACGCCAAGCGCAGCGCCCGAGACUCCCAUGUUCCGAUAUUGGCGCCGUUGCCAAUUGGGUUUGCCGUGUUUUUGGUGCACUUGGCCACCAUUCCGAUCACCGGAACUGGAAUUAACCCGGCAAGGAGCUUGGGAGCUGCCAUUAUUUUCAACCAGGACCACGCAUGGAAUGAUCACUGGGUAUUCUGGGUCGGACCUUUCAUCGGAGCAGCACUUGCGGCAUUGUACCACGUAGUGGUGAUCAGGGCCAUCCCAUUCAAGAACAAAUGAGGAAGACGACGAUCCUUUUGUUUUUUUGUUUUUGUUUGUAAAAUGUAUGUAGUAGUUGUAGUGGUUUCCUUUGUUUUUCUAAUAAUUCCAUAAGAAUCCAUUUGAGAAUUGAGGUGGAUGAGUCUCUUUGGGGUUCCACAUCAAAGUAUUUGUGGGCUUAUCUUGUACUUUUCUGUAAAUUUAUUCUCUAAGCUGUUGAAAUACUUAUCUUCA